AUGGCGGGGUUGCUGCAGCGUGUCGCGGCCACUAGUGUCACAUUUAAGCUGUCUGUCCAGAGAUCAUCUCCGGUUUACCAUUGCUGGUUCAAGUUUGCUAAAAGAUACAUUUACUCUUGUAAACAUUCACAGAGAGCCUCUGCCAACAUGAGCAAAAAACUGUUGUUGGAUGUGGACUGUGGAGUGGAUGAUGCCCAGGCCAUCAUGCUGGCCCUGGCUGCUCCUCGUGUGGACAUACUGGGCAUCACAUGUGUGCAUGGGAACACUUCUGUUGAGAAUGUGUGCAAGAACACCCUCCGCGUUCUGAAAGUCUGCAAUAAACUCGAGAUCCCUGUGUUCAAAGGAGCAUCCAAGUCAAUUCUUGGGCAUGAAGUAAAAGGAGAAAAUUUUCAUGGACUGGACGGCCUAGGAGACGCCCCUGACCCUAAUGCCCCGAGUGUAGACCUGAUCCAGAAGGAAGGGGCUGUGUCUGCAAUGAUCAGGAUUGUAAAUGAAAACCCAGGAGAGGUGUCUCUUGUUGCCACAGCACCUCUCACAAACUUGGCUCUUGCGGUUCUAUACAACAUGUUUAGCUUUGUGGCUGAAAUGCCGGCGGUGGAGCCCGUGGACGUGUUCUUGGGGGUGGCGCGCUUCUUCGUGGUGGGCCUGGGAGGAAUGGGGUUCGGGAUCCUGUUUGGCUUCGUCUCGGCGUUCACCACAAGAUUCACCUCCAAAGUGAAAGAGAUCGAGCCCCUGUUCAUCUUCAUGUACAGCUACCUGGCCUACCUGGUGGCUGAGCUGUUCGCCAUCUCCUCCAUCAUGGCUAUUGUGACCUGCGCUCUGACUAUGAAAUACUACGUGGAGGAGAAUGUGUCGCAGCGUUCGUGCACCACCAUCCGCCACGUGGUGAAGAUGCUGGGGUCCAUCUCCGAGACCCUCAUCUUCUUCUUCUUGGGGGUGGUAACCAUAACGACAGAGCACGAGUGGAACUGGGGCUUCAUCCUCUUCACGCUGUUCUUCGCCUUUGUCUGGAGAGGCCUGGGUGUGCUGGUGCUGACCCAGAUCAUCAACCCUUUCCGGACCAUCCCGUUCAACAUGAAGGACCAGUUUGGUUUGGCCUACGGUGGGCUGCGUGGGGCCGUUUCUUUUGCCCUGGCCUUCACUCUGCCGGACAACAUCGGCCGCAAGCAGCUCUUCGUCACCGCCACCAUCGUCGUCAUCCUCUUCACGGUCUUCCUCCAGGGAAUCAGUAUCCGACCUCUGAUCGAGUUCAUAAAUGUGCGAAGGACAAACCGCAAUCUUGAAACCAUAAAUGUAGAAGUCCAUUGCAGGCUCAUGGAACACACCAUCGCGGGCAUCGAGGACCUCUGUGGACAGUGGAGCCACUUCUACUGGAAAGACAAAUUUUUAAAGUUUAACACCAGGAUCUUGCGGAGAAUCCUGAUCCGGGACAGUCGCGCCGAGUCCAGUAUCGUGGCUCUGUACAAGAAGCUGGAACUGCAGAACGCCAUGGAGAUUCUGGACACUGUGGCGAGCGACAUCAGCGCCGCUCCUUCCAUCGUCUCGCUGUAUGAAGAAAAGAAGAAUCCCAAACCCAAGACGUUUAUGGCCGCUGACCUCCGGAACAUGCACGACAUACUGUCAAAGAACAUGUACAGAAUCAGACAACGGACUGCAGCGUUCACAAGUAAGCACGCUCUUCCCAACGAACAGCACAGCAAGGAAAUCCUGAUCCGGCGACAUGCCAGUAUCCGCCGCAGCCUCAGGCCCGGAAGCUUCCAGAACUCUACUGUGUCCAAGUCCCAAAAGUACUUCUCUCUUCCUGCGGGACAGAACUUGGACUCCAGAUUCCCUCCUCGCCGCCUGAACCAGACAGGCGACGAGGAAACCAUGUCAGAGGUUGGGUAUCCGGCGGCGACUCGUCCUCCCCGCUCCAGACCUCCUGCUCGCUCCUCCUCCAGAGCCAUGAUGCCGCUGCGGAGGCUGCACACUCUGACCGAGGCCGCGUCCGUGGACGUGCUGAAUGAGAUCAGUGAAAACCCGUCCUCUGCAGCCGCUCGCCGCCCUUCAGACGAUAACGGUCUGUCGGACAACCUCAGGAACGUGCAUCAGGAGGCGGAGGAGGAGCCGGCGCCCUCUCCUCCCCCUCUGUGGGCCCCUGAACCCAGGCCCAAUGUGACUAGAAACCCCCUCCUGAGACGGCCGCAGUGGAACCCCAAGACCUGA